CAGCGGUGCUGCGACUGCCGGCGGGCCGGCUGCAGGUGUUCUUUACUUUGCAGCUCUUAGUGGAACCUCGUCUGGAACUGGAGCUGUACCGAAAUCUGCCUGCUAGUUGUAGCAGCAGGCAAAGGAACCAGCGCGGCGCCCUGUUGUGUUACAGGCAUAAGGAACAGAAAACAACUGGCGUGGCAAUCAAAAGAUGGAAAAUAACAUAACAACCAUUUCUCGUGAGGAACUGGAAGAACUAAAAGAAGCAUUCAAUAAAAUAGAUAUUGAUAACAGUGGAUAUGUCAGUGAUUAUGAGCUUCAAGACCUUUUCAAAGAAGCAAGCCUUCCCCUACCUGGUUAUAAAGUUCGAGAAAUUGUAGAAAAAAUCAUAGCAGUGACUGAUAACAACAAGGAUGGCAAAAUCAACUUUGAAGAAUUUGUAUCAGUUAUUCAAGAACUGAAAAGUAAAGAUAUUAGCAAGUCAUUCCGAAAAUCCAUAAACAAAAAAAAGGGAAUUACUGCAAUUGGAGGAACAUCACCAAUUUCUAGUGAGGGGACCCAACAUUCUUACUCAGAGGAAGAAAAAGUUGCUUUUGUUAAUUGGAUAAACAAAACUCUUCAUGAUGACCCAGACUGUAAGCAUCUUCUCCCCAUGGAUCCAACCGAUGACAGCCUUUUUAAGUCACUUGCUGAUGGCAUCCUUCUUUGCAAAAUGAUUAACUUAUCCCAGCCAGAUACAAUUGAUGAGAGAGCUAUUAAUAAGAAGAAGCUUACCCCUUUCACUAUAUCUGAAAACCUAGAUCUUGCACUGAAUUCUGCAUCAGCUAUUGGCUGUACAGUAGUAAAUAUUGGGUCACAAGACCUAAAAGAUGGGAAACCACAUUUGGUGUUAGGACUGUUGUGGCAAAUUAUUAAAGUUGGGCUUUUUGCCGAUAUAGAAAUCUCCAGAAAUGAAGCUCUUAUUGGUUUGCUAAGUGAUGGGGAAGAAUUAGAGCAAUUAAUGAAACUGUCUCCAGAAGAACUCCUGCUGCGCUGGGUUAACUACCAUCUGGAUAAUGCUGGAUGGAAGAAAAUUAACAACUUUAGUCAAGACAUUAAGGACUCAAGAGCAUACUUCCAUUUGCUGAAUCAAAUUGCACCCAAAGGAGGAAACAAUGGAGAAACUGCCAUUGUCAUUGAUCUUUCAGGACUUGAUGAGCAAAAUGAUCUGAAGAGGGCUGAAUAUAUGCUUCAACAAGCAGACAAACUGGGCUGCAAACAGUUUGUGACUCCUACUGAUGUGAUUGCAGGCAACCCUAAACUUAACAUGGCCUUUGUUGCAAACCUCUUUAAUUCAUACCCUGCCCUGCACAAGCCUGAAAGCGCUUCUUAUGACGUCAGUUUACUAGAAGGAGAAAGCAAAGAAGAAAGAACAUUCCGAAACUGGAUGAAUUCUUUGGGUGUAACCCCUUACAUUAACCAUUUGUACAGUGACCUUGGUGAUGCUUUAGUAAUCUUUCAGCUCUAUGAAAUGAUUCGUGUACCAGUAGAAUGGAACCAUGUCAACAAACCACCGUAUCCUGCACUUGGAAGUAACAUGAAAAAGAUUGAAAAUUGUAACUAUGCAGUGGAACUGGGGAAGUCAAAGGCCAGAUUCUCAUUGGUUGGGAUUGGUGGACAGGACCUCAGUGAAGGCAACCCAACAUUGACCUUGGCAUUGGUGUGGCAGUUAAUGAGAAGAUACACUUUAAAUGUACUAUCGGACCUUGGUGAGGGAGAAAAAGUGAAUGAUGAUAUUAUUAUUAAAUGGGUGAAUCAAACUCUUGCAAAUGCAAAUAAGAGCACUUCAAUAACUAGCUUCAAGGACAAAUCCAUAAGCACUAGUUUACCUGUACUAGAUUUAAUAGAUGCCAUUGCACCAAAAGCAAUUCGUCCAGAAAUGGUCAAGAGGGAAAAUCUUUCUGAAAUAGACAAACUGAAUAAUGCUAAAUAUGCUAUUUCAGUUGCUCGGAAAAUUGGUGCUUGUAUAUACGCCCUACCAGAUGACUUGGUAGAAGUGAAGCCAAAAAUGGUUAUGACAGUGUUUGCUUGCUUAAUGGGAAGAGGACUGAACAAAAUAAAAUAAAGAUUUUGUUCUUAUGGUCUGCCAUGAUAAAUGCAAUGAAUGCCUCAUUGUUUACAGACUAAUGGAAUUUAGUAGCUGUAAAACAAAAUUUAUAUAAAUUAAUGUGGAGAUGUAUAGAUUAUUUAAAACAAUAGAUAAGUAUAUUUAAGGUUUCAUCUGAAAGGUUUCCUAUAUCAGUAAUUUGCGAGCUUGGAUUACUAAAGUAAUGCAGUAAUCAUAAUUAAGAUUGCUAUGUUAUAUAGCCUUUUUCAACAAAUAUGAUACAUGCUGUUUUCAUAGUGAACAAAAUGAUCAAGAUUCUAAAGUGCUAUUUUAAGAGCUGUGUUAAGAUUUUAUUUCAGUGUGUUAUUAAUGUGUAGCCCUGUACAUGAAAGACCUUGAAAGCAGUGGAGGCUAGUUUAUUAGGGCAAAUGGGGCACUGUUCCACUACCCUCAGCCAGUCCCCACCUGCCAGCCUUUUUACUUACAAAGAAAUCCAAGAGGCAGCACUACCCAUCAGCUUCUUCCUCCUGAGGCUCAGGGUUGCCCCUGUAGAACUCAGCAUGGGGACAAAUGUAGAAUUAGGUGACUCUACCUAUCAUUGGCCUCCCUGCCCUUCCAUUCACCAGUCCCGAAGGUCACCAGCCACGACUACUUGAAAGUAUGAAACUGAAAGGUCACUAUCCUUGCCUUAUUAUAAGUAUAAGCGACUGCUCAAACUCCUGUUGGUAUUUGGGCUACAAAUUAAGCCCUUCCAAUCUCAAGUAUUAUUUCCAGGGCUUAAGUCUCAUUGCACUGAAUGGGACUUAAUUCCGAGUAAAAAUUCUGAGGUUGAUUUAGGUGGCAAUCCUAACCCCUUUUACCUGGGAGUCAGCCCAAUUUAAUUUAGUUCGACUUAUGGCCGAAUGGCCAUGGUUAGGAUUGCACUGUUAGCUAGUAGGUUAAUCAGCUAAAGUUUUGUUGAUUAAUUGAUGGGCCACAUUUCAAUUGAAGAGGGUUAAUUGAGAUGCAAGGUAAGAUGAUGUUGGGUUUUUUAAAUGUCUGUUUUAGUUCUAAUUUAUUACUAUGUUUGGAAAUUAAAAGUACUAAACAUUGAUAAAUGCUGUAGCUGUAGCACAUCCUGUCCCUUGGCCUUGCUUAAUAUAUUAAGGUUGAGAUGCAAAACUGGGAGCUCCUUUAUCAAAAUUCCUCCCCUCUCUAGCACAGUUCCCCCCUUCCUCUGCUGGCCUUUUCCAUGGUUAUGUCAGAACCUCCUUUAUUAAGCAUGAUUAAUGCUAACUAGAGUUUGUAAUUAAUCAGGAUUUAGAAACUAGAGUUGAAAGAUGGCUUCACAAAAAGGCCAAUGCUGAUUGUAGGCCUUAAUCAUGGUUGCAAUUGGUGAGGGAAGGAUGAGGGGAAUUUGCUGUAGAGAGUAGUGUGAUGAUUCUUCAGCCCUUCUUCAAUCCAUUAAGCAUGGUCAAAGAAUGGGACCCCAAUACAUCUAUAGUGGUCCCUAAGUGGUAGAUUUUGUGUAUCAGAGUAUAGGUUAUUUUUACACAUCCUUCAGCAUUUAAAAUAUAUCUUUAUUAAGGUUAGGUUAGUCUGCAAAUUUUGUUAAAGUUAGGAAGCAACCCUAUGCCCAUUUUGCAACAAAGGGAUAAUAAGCUGAUAUAGUAUUCUGCUGGUAUAGUGGUGCUUCUGCCAUAUCCUAUAGUUACUUAGCCAGUGUAUCUUGAUUAUAGGAUUGUGCCUUUAGUCAAUUUAAAGGUAGCUGAUUAAAACAGCUAAUUUAAAAAAAAUGGUUUGAAAACUUGGUAAUAUAGAUGGCACUUCCUGUUUAUUUUUAAAUGAAUUGUUUUAAAUCUGUACAUCCCCUCUUGUAAAGAUUUUCUGUAGAGAUGCUUGUAAUAGCAAACAAUUUUUUAAAAAAUAAGUAAUUUGUUAAUUAAAGAAAAAUUAAGUGGUUAUGCUUUGUGUCAUAGAAUAAACUAAGUAAGCAGAAAUAUAACAAUGGCAAUAAGUAAAACAAAAAUCAUGUAUUAUCUAAACUGGAAUGUUAUGUUAAAGAGCAAUAAAGAGAGAUGGCAAGUCUAGUUUGGGGCCUCCUUCGCAUUUGAAGUGUUUUCUUACAAAGAUUUUUAAUGUGUGUACAUUUCUGAUUGCUGAUUUUUCAUAGAAAUAUUGGAUUAAUUCAACUACUUACUCCAGAUUAUAUAUACUUUUAAAGGUUCAUAUUGAGACUUCGGCUCUGUUCACAUUACUGAUUCAGAUUGUAACUGGUUUGUGGGGGAAACAGAUCAAAAUACAGUAGUUCAGAAGGAACAGCAGGAUAGGUAGGGAUUGUCCUAUGUACACUGCUUCCCAAACCAGAAGUGGGAGUGCAUUGGAUGCAGAGUAAAUAAUGGGAGUGUGCACACAGACCUUAAUCCAGUUUGUGAUCUGGCUUUACCCUUUCUGUAAAAAAUAUCUGUGUAUUCUCUGUUACUGAUUUUUCUUGAAAAAGUACUUUCAUUCAACAACUAGUCCCAGUAAAUACAUGGGCACAGACACACACACACACUUGUGAAACAU